CGGUCGCGGCGUGCUCUUUAAGGUGCUGACAGCACUUGGAGCGAGCAAUCCGCUUAGCGAGCGUUGAAAUUAAACAUUUUAUGCCUUUCAGUUGAUUCCAAUUACAAAUCUCAUCACUACGCUGAAACAAGGGGACCUGCCGUCUGCGCACCGUGUGUUCUCGAGGUCUCGCAGCGCGGGGCUGGCAGGGCGAACGUUUGUUUCUUUCUCUUGUUUUUCUCUCUUUACUAGGAAAGUGUUUCACACAAGGACAUUGCAUUCUGCAACCGCAGGAAUCUACUCUCGAAAAAAACAUGUGUUCGAGAAGAGAUUGCCGACUGAAUGUGCCCGUCCUGGUCUUGAUUCUGUGUGCUUUGGCGAUGGAGGCACACGGUCAAGAUUACUAUCCUGAGCAGGUGGAUGCAGUCAGCCCAAGGGGGGAUGUGCUGGAGAGGGAUGGAGGACGCAGCCCAUACCCCACCACAUAUGACAUGGAGAGAGAGAUCCCCCUGGUCACCACCGUGCCCCCACUCAACGUUCACAACCACCACUCCCUCUUCAAGGGGUUCCCCUUCCAUGAGGCCCCUCCCAUCAGCAGCCUUCAGGGGCAGGAGCAGAUUUUUGAGGAUGGCAGAGGUGUGGACAGGCACUCCACAGCACCAGCUGAGAAUCGUCACCCUGCCGGUCACCCCCUUACCCGGCUUGUCCCACAUAAGGACGUGCCCGCCUUCUCUGAUUUGGCGGUCACCACAGCCACCAAGGCAGCCACACCCCCCAUGGCUACCACAGGAUCCGCCCUUCAUAAGUUACAGGUACAAGGUGUGGUACAGGGCAUAGCCUCAAAGAAAGAUGGGACCUUGAUGACGGAGCACGAGGCCGUGACCUCUGACCCCCUGACCACCACUGUCCUGCGCACCUCCGACCUCCCACCUCUCAACAACAGCCCCACGAGGGGUGGACCUUCGGAGCGUGAGGUGGUUGGCCCUGCGCUGCCGGUCCUCAUGUCAUCAGGUAGAAAGGAUGCCGCGGCAACGCAAGAGCCGGCAGGGGAGCAGAACCCGGGCCCCGUCAGCGAGGUCACCGCAGUGAUGUCAUUGUCCUCCGGAGACACGGACGAGGAAACCACGACCACCACCAUCAUCACCACCACCAUUAUCACCACCAUGCAGACGCCAGUUCCCUGCAGCACCAACCUCACCAUACUGGAGGGGUACAUCGAGUUUCCCCCUCAGCCCAUCGUGUGGUCCUACCCCAGCCUGGACUGCACCCACACUGUGACUGUCUACAUGGGCUAUGGAGUGGAGAUCCAGGUGCUGAACAUCAGUCUGUCAGAGGGGGAGACGGUGACACUGGAGGACCUGGGCAGCCGGGAGCCCUCGGUGGUGGCGAACGAGUCCAUCCUGAUGAAGGGGUUGGUGGUACGUAGCCGGAGCAACCAGAUCGCCGUCCGCUUCCAGAGCAAGCAGCCUCGGCCUGGCUCCUUCCUGUUACGCUACCAAGCAUUCCUGCUGAGCUGUGUCUUUCCCCAGCGGCCGGCCUAUGGGGAUGUGUCAGUCAGCAGCCUGCAUUCAGGAGGAGAGGCCUACUUCUACUGCUCCACCGGCUACCAGCUGCAGGGCCCCUCCACUCUCACCUGCCGCAAUGCCACCACCCCCUACUGGAGUGGAAAGGAGCCACAGUGUGUGGCUGCCUGUGGGGGAAUGAUUAAGAAUGCCACAGUGGGUCGCAUCGUGUCCCCUGGUUUCCCCAGCAACUACAGCAACAACCUGACCUGCCACUGGGUGCUGGAGGCCCCAGAGGGCCACCGGCUGCACAUCCACUUUGAGAAGGUGGCCCUGGCUGAGGAUGACGACAGGCUGCUGAUAAAGAAUGGGAACAACAUCGAUGCUCAGCCGGUGUACGACUCCUACGAGGUGGAGUACCUGCCCAAUGAGGGCAUUGUUAGCUCCAGUCGCCACCUCUUCAUUGAGCUCACCACUGACGGCUCAGGCACAUCCACCGGCACUGCCAUCCGAUAUGAAGCCUUUGCCAAGGGCCACUGCUAUGAGCCCUUUGUCAAAUAUGGCAACUUCACCAGCAGCGAUGCCACAUUCGCCGUGGGCGCAGUGGUGGAGUUCGCCUGUGAUGCUGGCUACACUCUGGAGCAGGGCUCUGUCACCAUGGAGUGCAUGGACCCCAGCAACCCACAAUGGAAUGAGACAGAGCCGGCCUGUAGAGCGGUGUGCAGUGGGGAGAUCACAGACUCCGCGGGGGUGGUGCUGUCCCCAAACUGGCCCGAGGCCUAUGACAGAGGCCAGGACUGCAUCUGGGGCAUCCACGUGGAAGAGGACAAGAGGAUCAUGCUGGACAUUCAACUCCUUAACGUGGGAAAGAACGACCUCUUGACCUUCUACGAUGGUGACGACUUGACAGCCAAGAUGCUGGGCCAGUACAGUGGCUCACGGCCACGCUUCAAGCUCUACACCUCCUCAGCGGACGUCACCAUCCAGUUCCAGUCUGACCCUGCCACCAAUGUCUACGGCUACCACAAUGGCUUCGUUGUGCACUUCUUCGAGGUCCCUCGGAACGACACGUGUCCCGAGCUCCCGGAGAUCUCCAAUGGCUGGAAGAGCACAUCGCACCCCGAGCUCAUCCAUGGCACGGUGGUCACCUACCAGUGCUACCCCGGGUUCGAGGUGGUGGGCACUGAGAUUCUCAUGUGCCAAUGGGAUCUCACCUGGAGUGGGGACCUGCCCACCUGCGAGAGAGUGAUAUUGUGCACUGACCCCGGGGUGGUGGAACACAGCCGCAGGGUGAUGUCUGGACCUCGGCUCACGGUUGGCUCCACGGUGCAGUACAUCUGUAACAAGGGCUAUGCGCUGUCUGGCAACAGCCUGCUGACCUGCUACAACCGAGAUGCCUCUGGACCCAGGUGGACGGAGAGACCACCCAAGUGUGUCCCUGAGGCGUAUGAGGCCUGCAGAAACCCCGGGGCCUCCCCCUUCAGCAUUCAGAGCGCUGAGAAGCGUGUCUACCAGGCGGGGGAGACCCUGCACUUCUCCUGCCUCACUGGCUACGAGCUGCGGGGGGAGCCCAGCAUCCGCUGUGUUCCUGGACACCCCUCACGGUGGAGUGGCGCACCCCCUACCUGCAAAGCCCUCUCCUCAGUGGAGUAUGUGAAUGAGCGGCGCCUGGAUGUCUCUAGUUCGGACUUCAGCAUGGACGGGACCAGCGUGGCAAUGGCCGUCUUCAUCCCCGUCGCCCUCGUCCUGGUCCUCAUUGCUGGGGUUUACCUGUACUUCUCCAGAGCCCCCGGCAAAUCCAUACGAGCAACAGUGUCCACCUCCCUGCCAUAUGACCACAUUGCCACCGAGUCCGCCUUCGACAACCCCAUCUACGAGACCACAAACAAUGAGGAAACGAGAGAGUACGAGGUUUCCAUUUAGAGAGACUGCGCACCUCAGCUUGGGAGAACGCCAGCCUUUUUUUCGCCUCGUGGGAACUUUGUCCGCACUCCUUCUCUCACCCCUCCCCUCCCUCUGCUCCCCCUCUUUGUUGUCAUCCUCUUCCUCCUCCUCCUCCCUCUCCCGAUGGCUGUAAAUAUUCUUGUCUCCGGGGACUCCUGUAAGCGUUGCACAGGGAGGGGGGUGGACAGCGGUAUUUUUGUAGCUACGGUA